GCCUAGCGACAGCUACAUGAUCCGCCCCUACAGCCUCUCGAACACACCCGCUACCCUCCCAUUGGCCACAACACCUACAAGGGAUGUGGUUUCUCAGGGUCUGUCUACUCCAUGGGUUCUAGCGGAGCAGGAUCCCUACUGCAGGUCCCGGGGGCGUUACCGUCUGGAAGCCACGCAUCCCUCAGCUCCAGGGGCUCCAGCUGCAGACCCACAGUCAGGCUCAGCCACUCCCACAGCGUAGACAGACACUCCCUCUCCAUGGCGAGACACACCCCCAGGAGGCCUGGCCACGUUGACAGCAGACGGGCCUCUUAUAUACAUAGCCCAUCCCACAGUAUGGACACACAUAGUUACAGACUCAGCCCUGCUCAGAGCAUCGACAGAGACUCCUCCCGUUAUCUCGAUAGACGGGCCUGUUAUAUCCACAGCCCCUCCCACAGCAUGGACAGUAGACACACCCCUUAUUUCCACAGCCCCUCCCACAGCAUGGACAGUAGACACACCCCUUAUAUCCACAGCCCCUCCCACAGCAUGGACAGUAGACACACCCCUUAUAUCCACAGCCCAUCCCACAGCAUGGACAGUAGACACACCGUUUAUAUCCACAGCCCCUCCCACAGCAUGGACAGUAGACACACCCCUUAUGUCAGUAGCCCCGCACACAGCAUCAAUAGACACACCCCUCAUAACAAUAGACACACCUCUCAUAUGAGUAGCCCAUCCCACAGCAUGGACAGACAGCCGGGACCCAGUUCCUCCCUCAGUGUGAGAAGACAGCUGAGGAGACAGGAGGCAGUGCGUUGUGACUCUGAGGACCUGAGCUGCAGUUCCACCGACGAUCUGCGGGGGAGCUCUGUCGGCGGCACCCACCUCACCGUACCCAGCAUGCACCUCUCACCGCUACCCAGCCUGCCCCCUGGUGGUAACACACACCUGGACGUACACCACCCCUCCUCGCCGUCCCGCGCCCCCCGAGGACGCACCUCCAGCGCACACACACUCCGCCACACACACACCGUACACACACUGCGCCACACACACAGUCAGAGGGUUAUAUCUACCAGAGGACACAGUAGGAGCCACAGUGAUAGUGGGCCCCAGCGGCCCCCCAGCCCUCAGAUCUCCACCCCUCAGACGACAGACAACCCACAGACACCCCAGAGGCCUGAGGUACCCCAGACCCCAGGUCCCAGCCUCACCCUCUCUCUCUGCUCUGGAGGUCCCAGCCUGUCCCUCUCCUCCCCCUCCACACCCCCCCAGCCCCAACCUCACCAUCUCUCUCUGCUCUGGAGGUCCCAGCCUGUCCCUCUCCUCCACACCCCCAGCCCCAACCUCUCUACUCCCUCCACUCCCCAGAGCCCUCAGACCAGCUUUGACCCAAAGCAGAGUCCCAGCCCCAGCCUCACCAUCUCUACUCCCUCCACUCCCCAGAGCCCUCAGACCAGCUUUGACCCGAAGCAGAGUCCCAGCCCCAACCUCACCAUCUCUACUCCCUCCACUCCCCAGAGCCCUCAGACCAGCUUUGACCCGAAGCAGAGUCCCAGUUCUGCCUUCAGCCAUGAUCCAUUUCCCCUCGGUUCCAGUCCUAGCCGUCUCCCCCACUUCCUUUCUAGAUGAGACUGAUGAUGAAGUCUGUCACAUCACACACCACGCGUCAGCCCCUCACACACACCUGAACACACACACCACACGUCCA